AUGGAACUAUGCAAGUUGAAGGCCUUCAAAAAUGCCCAAGAUACCUUUGGUGAUUGUGGCUUUGUUGCUCAUGGAGAUGCAUUGAUUGUGGAUCCAGGAUGCCGACGUGAGUACCAUGAAGAGCUCAAGCAAAUUGUAGCUUCCUUGCCUAAAAAGUUGAUUGUCUUUGUUACCCAUCAUCAUCGUGAUCGUGUUGACGGUCUUUCUGUCAUCCAAAAAUGCAAUCCUAAUGCUACACUGCUUGCACAUGAAAACACUAUGCGUCGCAUUGGAAAAGGUGACUGGUCUCUUGGCUAUACCUCAGUUUCUGGAGGAGAAGACAUUUUGGUUGGUGGUCAGAGAUUGACCGUCAUUUUUGCUCCAGGACACACGGAUGGCCAUGUGGCAUUGCUUGAUGUUAGUGCUAACUCAUUAAUUGUAGGCGACCACUGUGUGGGUCAAGGAAGUGCUGCUCUGGACAUUACUUCUGGUGGAAACAUGACUGAAUACUUCCAAACAACUUUUAAUUUUUUGAAGCUUUCACCCCAUACCUUGAUCCCCAUGCACGGGAGAGUGAACAUGUGGCCAAAGAACUUGCUUUGUGGAUAUCUAAAGAACCGAAGGAGCAGAGAAGCAAGCAUUUUGAAAGCCAUAGAAAAUGGAGCAGAAACACUGUUUGACAUAGUUGCUAAUGUGUAUUCCGGGGUUGAUCACAGUUUCUGGAUUGCUGCUGCGUCAAAUGUCAAGCUACGUGUGGAUCAUUUAGACCAGCAAAAGAAGUUACCAGAGGAAUUUUCUGUUCAGAAGUUGCAUAGAACUUGGGCACCUUUCUUUGUGAGGUGGACAUGUGCAUGUCUUAGAAGCAGGUGUGUGAAGCUGAAGAUGCCUAGUUUGCUUAUUACUGGGACGUUGGUUGGCAUUGCUUGGUAUUUACUCGAUAAAAAGCAUGCUUUGAUCCGAGUGCAAAAGGGAAAGCGGACAUGAUUUGGAUAUUUGGAGUUGGCUAGAGGCCCUGGCAGCAUUCAUCUACUGGUAAAUCAAUAAUCAGUUGUUUUCG